CCAGAGUCACUGUUUACAGCGUAGCUCCACGAGCUCCUGGCUGGUAGCGUGGAGUUGAAACCAGAGAGGAGGUCGCUGUAGUAGUUUUUUUAAAAGAAAAAGUUACAGAAAGUCGUUGGAGAAAGAAUAGAGUGUGAGUGGUUUACAUGGUGACAAACUACAAACUCAGAGGUAAUUAUUUGUUCAUAUGAAACAGUCAAUUAGAGUGAAAAACAACAACGUUUAGUUCGGGCUCGCUGACUUCUGCAUGGUCGGUCGCUAGCUAGCUAGGACUUAGCUCCAAGAGCUACUUGGCUAGCUGGCUAGCGAGGUCCAGCCCAGAAGUUGUUUACCUCAACUUGUGGAUGUGGUCGCCCCUUGAGCUUUUCACGACUUUUCUUGGGGAUAAGAGAGCAAGGACCAACAAUUCACACUGGAUUUAACACUGUGCGCUGUUAGGAAACUAGCAGGAUGUCCACAGAGGUUGAGUGUGCUCAGGUUGACUCGGGUUUGACAGCGGCCAGCCCGAGCGGAGUGGUGGAGAAGAACCAAAACACGUCCCAGGGUGCUCGCCUGGACAAAGGACAAGAUCAGGGGCAGAAAGUCUUGGAAAAACAACUAGUGGACAGCCACGACUCCGGGGCUCCCAAGAGCCCAGCGGAUAUAGAAAAGGAAAGCAAAGAAAACUGUAAAGAAAACGACCAAAGUAGUAACGCUGACUCGGCUGUUGAGACGGUGAAGAAGAAAGUUGUUGAAGCGCCUCCGCCGAAAGUCAACCCGUGGACUAAAAGGACCACGGGCAGAGUGCCGGUCAGCAAUACCAACUCUAGCUCCCAAGACAAAGAUCAGCAAAAUGCUCCGAAAGUCGUCCGCGCCACCAAGCCCAGAACGAGAAAAUCCAGCAAGUCAAGUGACUUCAGUGACAUCACAAACUGGCCUACACCUGGAGAACUGGCCAAAGAGCAACAACAAAAUGUCCUCAACAACAAUGGAAAGAAGCCUCCCUCUUUGCGCAGAGAUAAGGAGAAGAAAAGAGAGCGACCAGAGAGAAAAUCUGAGAGCAGCCAUGAUGGAGGUGAGAGCAAAGAGAACCAGGAGGCUCAGGUGGAGCCGAUGGGAGAGCUGACCAAAGAUGAAGAGUCAAAAGCAGGACAGGACGCCAAGAGUGCCAACCUGAGGAAGAGAGGAGGUAACAAACGUAAGUGGGUCUCUCUGCCGCUGGAGGAAGUGUCCCGGGAUGAUGAUGCCAAGACGCCCGGCAGGGACCCAGCACGCUCAGACACAGAGCCCAUCGAUGACUCGUCUGACCUCACGUCGCCUAAUCAAACGCUCCAUAAUAACAGGGCGCAUGAUAGCACCAGGAGCUGGCGAAGAGAGCCGCGGGACUAUGGCGAUGAUGCUACAAGCAUCCGGAGCGACGGUGGGAGUGUUCGUGGAGGAAUACGAGGAAGAGGGAAGGGACGUGGACGCGGAAGAGGUCGUGGGCGAGGGCGAUAUGAAUACCCUCUAAACUUUGGAGACUCUCAGUCAUCUGAUGGCUCUGCUCAGGCCCCUGCAGAGUUUGGCACCAACAUGGUUUACUACUACAGUGAUGGCAACAAACUCCAGAUGUACACGGUGGAUGAAAAGCUGCUUAAGGAAUACAUCAAACGGCAAAUUGAGUACUACUUUAGCCUCCACAAUCUGGAGCGAGACUUCUUCCUGAGGAGAAAAAUGGACGCGCAGGGUUUCCUCCCCAUCUCCCUCAUCGCCAGCUUCCACAGAGUGCAGGCCCUCACCACUGACGUCAGCCUCAUCAUUGAGGCUCUGAAGAGCAGCACAGAGGUGGAGCUGGUCGAUGAAAGGAUCCGCUGUAAAACAGACCCUGAGCGUUGGCCGAUUCCCACCCCUACCAACGUUGGUUCCCCUCGCACCGACUUCUCCCAGCUUAUUAACUGUCCUGAGUUUGUUCCUCGACAGACCCUCAAUGCCACAAACUCCGCUUCGUCACCUGUGAAGGCGACUCCUCCUGAUCCCGUGCAGCCUCAGGACUCUGCUGACCCUGGCUUCUCCAGCCAGGAAUCUCUACCGGCCACAGAUGACUCCAAAGAUGCCCUCGCCCCCAAGCCCGACCCUGACGCCUGGAUCCAGGUUGAGAAACGUCAUAGGCAGCCCUCUGCAAAAGCAAAGUAUGUCAGUGACGAAGUGUGCGUUGCCAGCUCUUCUCCCUGCGCAUCGCUCCAACCUCACUGCCUUUCCUCUGCAGGGGAUAGUAAAACGCCUCCUCCCAGCCAGCAGCCUCCUCCACUGGCAGAGCCCGACCAGGAGGAGCUGGACUUCAUGUUCGAUGAGGAAAUGGAGCAGAUGGCGGCCAGGAAGAACAAGUUCACAGACUGUUUAGAUGAGGACGACUCGGACUAUGAGCUGGAUGACCAGGAUGUGAACAAGAUCCUCAUCGUCACCCAGACUCCACCCUACCUCCGUAAGCAUCCCGGUGGGGAUCGGACAGGUAACCACGAGUCCCGAGCUAAGAUUACUGCCGACCUGGCCAAAGCCAUCAACGACGGGCUGUACUACUACGAACAGGACCUGUGGAAGGGGGAGGAGCCAAUCGAGUGCAUCAAGCAGGAAGUGGAGAACUUCAAGAAGCUGAACGUCAUCAGUAAAGAUGAGUUCGACACUCUCACCCCCAAAGCCCCCAUUGACUCAAACCAGGAAGUCCCAUCUCUUCCCAUGCCAGCAGACAGUGGAGCAGAGUUGGCUCGUUCUGUGCCCACAAUGGUCCCACAGUCGCCCAGAGCUCACCAACCCCGGACCCCCAGAACCCCUCGCACCCCUGGACGCCAGGACCCCAACAAGACACCACGUUUCUACCCUGUGAUGAAGGAGACUGGCGCCAUCGAUGGACAGACGCCCAGGAAGAAGAAGACGAGCCACAGUUCGAACCCUCCCCAGGAGGCUCACAUAGGCUGGGUGAUGGACUCUCGCGAACACCGACCGCGCUCUGCGUCCAUCAGCUCCAACGCCUCUCCAUCAGAAGGAGCCCCGCUAUCAGGAAGUUACGGCUGUACCCCUCAGUCAUUGCCCAAAUUUUGGCAUCCAUCGCAUGAGCUGCUGAGGGACAAUGGCUUCACUCAACAGGGAUACCACAAGUACCGCCGACGGUGCCUUAAUGAGCGAAAACGGUUGGGGAUCGGCCAAUCUCAGGAGAUGAACACUCUGUUCAGGUUCUGGUCCUUCUUCCUCAGGGACAACUUCAACAGGAAGAUGUAUGAGGAGUUCAAACAGUAUGCUGUAGAAGAUGCCAAAGACAACUACAGGUACGGAUUGGAGUGUCUGUUCAGAUACUACAGCUACGGUUUGGAGAAGAGAUUCAGAUUAGAUCUGUUCAAAGACUUUCAAGAAGAGACCCUCAGAGACUUUGAGAAAGGUCAGCUGUAUGGACUGGAGAAGUUCUGGGCCUUUUUGAAAUAUUCAAAGAUAAAGAACCAGCCUAUUGAUCUGAAGCUGCAGGAACACCUCUCGCAGUUCAAGAACUUGGAGGACUUCAGGGUGGUGCCCCCAAUAGGAGACGAUGGCAGCAGGAGGAGGCGUACCUCAUCCUCGGCUGGGGAUGAAGGGAGGCGUCGGAGACAUCCUUCCAACACUACCUCAAAGCCCGCGCAGGCCUCCAAAUCCUCCAGCACUUCAGCUGAGUCUGCCUCAGCCUCCGCCGCUGCACAGACCACACCCAAAGACAAAGCCCAGAAAGCAGCAGCGACAACAUCUGCACAGAGCAAGAAGACAGAAGCCAGAGCUGGGAAGAAGGAAAGUGGUGCACCACAUAAAUGAAGCUCUCCUCCUGUAAACGUGGGUUUGAAAAGAAGCAAAGUGAGGCGGCUGCAGCUCUCGGCUCAGCGCUCAUUCAUUUCAGAGGCAAACUGCUUGGGUGUGAAGAGAGACUGAGCGUGGUUGAUCCAAUUUGAUUGUUUUUAUCAGUGCAUUUCAUUUAAAAGCAUAGGCAGCGAGCUUGAAUGUGUUCACCUGACAGCUCAUAACGUUUACAAAAAUAAAUGCAUUCCCUGCAUUUUGCCUUUUCAGAUGCCAAACUCUUCAACAAAUACUUUGAUUUCUACAAUAUGUAAACCGCGCUGGUCUAUAUAGGGCUGUUGAACUGUGAUUCUAGUUUGCCAAGAUGACACACACUGCACACAGUGUGUGACUAAUCGGAUACAGCAGGAUGUCGGAAGCUUUCUCAUUCAUUAAAAUAGACCGCGUUCUGCUUUUUUAAAAAGUCUUCCUAAUUGAUGAUUUGGGAUUCAGAUGUGUUUAAAAUUAAACACUUGCAGGUUUGUUUUUGUGUUUUUCCUGAGGAUGUAACCUUCUGUUUUUAUCAUGACAAUCAAAGUUGAGUCUUAAAGUGCCCAUAUUAUCAUUUUAUUUUGGGGGGUCUGCUAGAUUAGGUUUACAUGUUUUUCCCCAUUCUGUCCAUUAUUGCAGCACCGUCUGUCUGUAAGGCUCUGCUUUUAGCUCCUUUCUAUCUGGAAAAGCACAGUCUCUGGGAAUUUGGCUCCAUUAAUGCAGUACAUAUGAUCAUGGACAGUAAAAGAACGAGCAUGAUCUUAACAUACACCAUGCUAACACUAAACCAUAGACAGUAUAAGAGAAGGAUGCAACUUUUAGCUCUAAAGAGUGAAGCCAGUGUGGAAGUGUUUUAUCUCUUAACCCCUUUAAUGCCUAUUCGAAGUAACCCUUGAUGCUCUUGUCGGAGCCGAGUGGUUCCUGUCAUGUUUCAUGCCUGCUUAUAGAACAAGAUGACUGGGUGUGCAAUAGAAGGUAGUGAGGGUGGUCUCUGCCUAUGCAGCGACCCUCAGAGAAACCCGCAAACUAUUCUAAUGGUCGUCAAACCACGUCUUUAUUAAUAUAUACUGAGGUAUCAAACCUCGUCAUUAAGGGUACAAUGAAAGUAGAUCAAUUUUGUCUUUAUGGAGAAAAGAGCUAAAACGAUUUGUUUAAAUAGCCACCAGGGGGCGAUACCUGUGGCUGCAAAAAUGUAUGGUCCUAUAGAUGUCUAAUGGAAAAGGGCCCUUGGAUUUGGCCAAAUCCCAGGAGGUUGAAUGUGUUCAUCUGGAGGUAGCUUUUUUUUUUUCUGUGGGAGAAAUGUCUCAUCGCUCAUCCAGGACUGAGAAAGUCACUUCAAUGAAUGAACAUAGUCAAAUUUCUGGGACUUUCCUGACGAGCUCACAGUGUCAGUUCUUUGUUUCGGGUCAUGUUGAAUACAAAAUUAGGUGAUAAAGUUACUCACUCAUUCACAAGGUGUCACCACAGCGGGUCGUUCCACUUGUUUGAUUUGACA